AUGGAAAAGUACGAACAAAUUGCUGUGGUCGGAGAAGGUUCUUAUGGUCUGGUAAUGAAAUGCAGACACAAGGAAACCGAUCAGAUUGUGGCGGUCAAGAAGUUUCUUGAAACCGAAGAGGAUGCGACGAUUCGCAAAUUAGCCCUUAGAGAAAUAAGAAUGUUAAAAAGACUGAAGCACGAAAACUUAGUUACUAUGAUCGAAGUGUUUCGCUUCAGAAAACGAUUUUACAUAGUUUUCGAGUUUUUGGCUGGCACCGUUUUGGACGAAUUAGAAAAAAUGCCAGGAGGAUUGGGGGAAGAAAGGACCAGGGAGAGGAUUUAUCAAGUUUGUCGGGCUAUCAAUUAUUGUCAUAGCAAUAAUAUUAUGCAUAGAGAUGUCAAGCCAGAAAACAUUCUGGUAUCAUCCUUAGGCGUAGUCAAAUUGUGCGAUUUUGGAUUUUCAAGACUAGUAAGUUCAAAUGGUGAACCUUGCACUGAAUAUGUAGCCACAAGAUGGUAUAGGGCACCUGAAUUAUUAGUAGGCGAACCAGUUUAUGGUGCGUCAGUCGACAUAUGGGCCAUCGGUUGUCUAUUUGCCGAAAUGAUUACUGGAGACCCAUUGUUUCCCGGAGAAAGUGACAUCGAUCAACUGUAUUUGAUUGUCAGAAUGUUGGGUAAACCGUGUAUAAGACACCAGCAUUUGAUGGCCAAAAAUACACAGCUAAGGCCUAUGAUUAAGACGCCUUCGCAAGACACUUUGGGAUUUUACAAAGUUUUCCCCACGUGGCCUUUGAUAGCCAUAGAUUUUCUGCAUAGCUGUACGAGAAUGGAUCCUCACGAAAGGCUUUCUGCUGAGGAAUUGUUGAAGCAUGCGUUUUUCACCCACGAUAAGUUUCCUAAUAGAUUUUUGCCUGCUCUAAGGGAUAAAGUUAAUAUUGAGUUUAAUACGCCUUUGUUGAGGAAGAUGAAGGGGGAAAUUCUUAUUUCUACUGAUAGGAGAGAUGAAUCUAAGAUUAGGAAGAUGCCUCAAGAGUCGAACUGGAGAUUUAGCUUAACAGAAGGUACCAUGAAACGAAAGUACACCGCAGAUGCUACAGAACAAACUAUUGUUGAAAAAAACCUCAUAACUCUAUCCAAAACUAGCCAGCGCUUGAAUAUUUUAAAUAACAACAACUCGAAACAAGUGUUAUCAAAGCCCAGCCUGGUUCAAACUAAGUCGCACUCGAAAUUCAAGCUUCCCACAAGCGAAAUUCAAAUGUUGGAAAAAUCAUUGGAAAAUUUAGUGAAGAUUAACAAAUACGAUGAAAAUAGACCAAUAUCUGAUCAUAAUACUCGUUUAUCGGCUGAAUCGCCUACUUACAACACAUUCCAUUUUGGUCUUGGAGACCAUUCUAGUAGUAAAUCACCAAAUUUCCAUAGCAUUCUUCAUCCAAGUAUAAAUAAUAUAAGCUUCAAUCGAGAGCAACCAAAAAGAUCACCAAAUAUUUUACAAACUAAUCAAAAAUCAAACCAGGUGCCUAACAUUUCAAAUUCACGAAAUCACUACUUGAAGAAGUUGGACAGAAAUGUUGAAAAUAUUUUUGCUCAAGGAGAUCAUGCAAAUAAUAUUGGGAUACAUACACCUCAUUGGUUGAACAGUUUUAAUAAUAAUUCAAAUAUGACGUUGAGAAAACGAGAACCUCUUAAUAGAAGCAGGAAUGAUGAUUUUUCUUUGCCAAAUUUGCCUGGAGCUGCAAUUUCUCCAAAUAAAACUAAAAAAAAGAAUAGCAUUCCAGAACUAGAGCUUCCUGAUCCAGCAGAAGUAUCACCAGCUUACAGGUAUAGAAAAGCUAAAAGAAAACGCCAUAUCCUGGACAUAAGCUUACCAAUGCCUGUUAAGGAAAAGUCGAAAUUUGUUUACAAAUAA